AGAGACGCAGUCUUCACAGUACAGUGUCUUCACAACGCUCAGCGGAUACACAUCGACUCCAGGACUACUCUUGACUCCUCAUCAUUGAGGUAGUGUGUGGCUCGCUGGCAGCAGGAAGGGACUAUGAGGGUGGCUGCCGCCUGCUCUGCAGAGCUCUGUAACUUUGGCAGAUAGGAUCAUUAUCCCCCUGUAAGACACCCUAAGAGCGGAAAAGAUGAGGACUUGGAUUGUACUUCUUCUGUGGGCAUGUGCACACAUCAGUGUGAAUGCAAUUGCCCUUUCAAGAGGGCCGGUUCGAAGGAAAAGCAAAGAAAUUGAAGGACGGCAAGACAAAGGGUUGCUGAGACGUUCAAAGCGAGGAUGGAUGUGGAAACAGUUUUUUCUGCAGGAGGAAUACACCGGAUCCGAGCACCAGUAUAUUGGCAAGCUUCACUCAGAUAUGGAUAGAGGAGAUGGCACGGUGAUGUACGUCCUCACAGGUGAAGGCGCCGGCACCAUCUUUGUCAUUGACGCCAACUCAGGAGAUCUACACGCUACCAGGAGCCUGGACAGAGAGGAGAAGCCUUCCUACUCGCUCAGAGCUCAGGCUGUCAACAGGAAGACCGGCAUCCCGCUGGAGCCAGAGACAGAGUUCAUUGUGAAGCUGCAUGACAUCAAUGACAAUGAGCCCAAGUUUGACAAGGAGGUCUAUACAGCGUCCGUACCUGAGGGGUCUCACAUUGGCACCUUUGUCACUCAAGUUACCGCCCAGGAUGCAGAUGAUGAAAUGUUCGGCUACAGUGCUAAGCUAGCAUACAGCAUCAAAGAGGGCCAUCCAUACUUCUCAGUAGAGCCAAAUACAGGAAUAAUCCGGACUGCUUUGGGACCUACCGAUAUGGAUAGAGAGCAAAGGGAGCACUACCAAGUGGUGAUCGAAGCCAAGGACAUGGCCGGCCAGAAGGGAGGCUUAAUAGGCUCCACCACAGUCAACAUUAGCCUCAGUGAUAUCAACGAUAACGCCCCACACUUCAAGCAGGGAAUAUAUCAGUUCAGCGUUCCAGAACUCACCAAGGUAGGAUCAUCAGUUGGCAGGAUCGAGGCUGAAGAUGCCGACAUCGGCAGAAAUGCAGAGAUGUCCUACAGCAUUACUGGCGGAGACAGUCUGGAUGUGUUUGACAUCAGCACUGACAGGAACACCCAAGAAGGCAUACUAACUGUAAAGAAGCAUUUGGACUAUGAGAAGAAGAAAUCAUACACUCUUCAGAUUGAGGUUAAAAACACACACCCAUACUCGCACUAUAUGAGCCAGGACACCAAAGACAAGGCGACCAUCAGGAUCAGUGUUGAGGAUGUGGAUGAGCCCCCUCAGUUUGAGAAAAUCAGCUAUAUUUUGGAGGUGAAAGAGGACGCGGCCGUGGGCACCAUGAUCGGAUCAGUUAGUGCCGUGGAUCCUGACAUGCGCCGCAGCCCGGUCAAGUAUUCUAUCGACCGCCACACAGACGUGGACCGUAUUUUUGGGAUCUACGCUGGGAAUGGCUCUAUAUUCCUGCAGAAACCUCUGGAUCGAGAGGAAUUUGCCUGGCACAACAUCUCGGUGAUCGCCAGCGAGUUCAGGCACUUAGACAAUCCGGAGCAGACCAGCCGUGUGCCUGUGUAUAUCCGUGUGCUGGAUGUUAAUGAUAACCCACCUGUGCUGGCAUCUUUCUAUGAGACCUUCGUCUGUGAAAACGCCAAAGCCGGUCAGAAAAUCCAGACAAUAAGUGCGGUGGAUCCAGACGAGCCGGUCGGUGGUCAUCGCUUCUUGUUCUCCUUAGCGCCAGAGAGCUCAGUGCGAGCAAACUUCUCGGUGCGAGAUAAUGGAGAUAACACUGCUGGGAUCUUCACCCGCCGCAGCGGUUUUGGCCGAAUGCACAAGAGCACUCAUCUGGUGGCUGUGGUGAUCUCAGAUGGACACUUUCCAAUGCAGAGCAGCACCGGGACGCUUACAAUUCGGGUGUGCACGUGCGACCGGGAUGGCAAUAUGGAAAUGUGCAAUGCUGAAGCGCUGACCAGCUCCGCGGGGCUCAGCACAGGGGCGCUGGUGGCCAUCUUGCUCUGCAUUCUCAUCCUGCUUUUGAUCGUGGUGCUGUUUGCUGCCCUGAAACGACAGAAGAAGAAGGAGCCGCUGAUCAUCUCUAAGGAGGACGUGCGGGACAAUGUUGUCAGCUACAAUGAUGAGGGUGGCGGCGAGGAGGACACGCAGGCCUUCGACAUCGGAGCUCUUCGCCAUCCGGAAGUAAUGGAGGACAGCAAACUGCGGCGGGACAUCCUUCCAUCUGAGUCGCUGUACCCCCCGCCACCGCUCCGCAGGACCAUUGUGCCGGCCCGAGAAAACGCAGACGUACGGGACUUUAUCAACCAGCGUGUGGAGGAGAAUGACGGCAACCCUACAGCUCCUCCUUAUGACUCUCUGGCCACCUACGCCUAUGAAGGUAAUGGAUCGGUGGCAGAGUCUCUCAGCUCGCUGGGGUCCGUGUCUUCAGAAGGGGAGCAGGACUAUAACUACCUCAGCGAGUGGGGGCCGCGCUUCAGGAAGCUAGCAGACAUGUAUGGCGGAGAGGACAGCGAUUGGGACUCCUAACGGACAGACUGUGGAGCCAGACUCAUUUGCUGAUCUGCCUCUACCUAAAGACUGGAGUGGCAGAAUGAGGCAGCCUAAUUUCUUUUACAAAGUGCCCUUUUAUCCUUCUCUUUGUCCUACAAUCAGGCAGCCGGUUUCUCUGUCCUGAUUGGCUGUGAAUUUUCUCAGAAGAGGAGAUGAACUUCAUGCUACUCGAGGAGGACGUAGACGUAUAUGCACGCGCCUCUCAUCGGAAAGAUCAUCUGCGGUGACAUCUUCCUGCAUAAUCCCAGAUUGUUCUGGAGAUGUCUGCAACCAGAGAAGCUGAUGCUUCAGAUAAGACAGAUUUAUCAGUUGACUGUGAGCCUGUGAAACACUUGAAGUGAACUUGAGCAGGUCACCGACUAAAGGCUGAGUACUUAAUACGAGUAAUGAAACCACCGCCAAACUUACUUCAGCCUGUGGACUCGUCAUCACACCUCAGCGUAUAGCAGAGAGCUCACAAUCAAACAUCAUAGGAGUUGUCUAAUAACUGGGAGGAAUUUACCAUUUAUCCAUUUGCAUAAUUUUACUAAUCUACUUACGCACUCAUGAAAAGAUGUGUUGUCCUGUUACCGGAAUCAAGACGGAUUGUAUGAAGCCCAUCUAGAAAAUGGGUCAGAAGAUGUGCACUGGUUUUCAUCAUCCACAUGAAAAUAAUAAGGAAAAAAAAAAACCCUAGAAGCUUUCAACUAUCUGCUGUGUGAUUGGGCCUAAAUGUGUUUCGCGUCCUUUAGCAGACUCGGUUGAACUCAGAACUGCUUAGUAUGACUUUCUUCUGGAGAGAAACACUUUCACACUGUCUCUUAAUGACAUGCUGCAAAAUUUACAUUCCAUAUUAUUACCUUUAUACAUUGUAUGCGCUAGUUUUACUUUCUCUCUCUCUCUCUCUAUUCAUCCAGAUGAGACCUUGAGGUGAACUGCAAUAGAGUCAAGCCAACCAAAAGAGAACGAAACUUUAACAUCUAUACAGAAUUGAAGCUUCGGUCUGUGGGUCGAGCAAUCAAAAGCGAAAUUGCUAAUUAAUCACAGUUUGAAGCUGCAGUUCGUACUUUUUGCUCUGACAACCUUCUGCCUUUAAUAGCGAGCGUCAAAUAAGUAGGAAAGUAAUAAAAGCCUAACUGAUUUAUUCCUCGGCUGAAUGUUAACCACAACAGUGUUGUAUUGAGGUGUGAGUCAAAUCUUCAAGUAAAUCACUCCGCAAUGACUGCGCCCUCUCUUCAAACCACAAAAUGAGCCUGAGAUUGCUUUCACCUCUUCGGUUAGGAGGGGGUGAGUCAGUCCUGAAUGAAGCUCCAGCAGGUAAAUAUUUGUAUUUUAGAAGCAGGAUUUUUAUUCUUUGUCAGUGAUAUGCUGUAAAAAAAAAAGCGACGGAGAAGAAAAAAAAAAAAGACGGUUACUCAUGCUGUAAAAACUUGGUUUAAUGAACAGUGCUUUGUACCAGUGGCUUGGGAGAGUAGAUUAUGUCCAUGUACUACUUUGCUUUAUAUCUUGUGAAAUUUUGUACCAAAUAUUUAUAUACCACAAUGAUGACUAAAUAUUCUUGAAAUAUGUACAUUCGGUAUUAUUGUUUCCGUGUUUUGAAAGUGUUCAACUGUAAAUGUGAGCUGGUUGCAGUUCAUUUGAUGAUGUGCAAAUGAAAUCAAACUUUCAUUCAAAUAAAUGUUCUUUUUUGCAGAAAGAAAACAA